CAAACUUGCUUUGUGGACAAUGGAUAAGUUGUCCUGGCAGCAUUCCAGGCAACUUUUACUGCUGAAGACCUCCACAUCCUAAUUUGACUUGUGUUACUAGGUACCUUUUGCUUGCUUUUAAGAAGUAAGAGAUGGGCAAGUGUCUAUAGCAGCUACAGGAAAUGUAAAAAAAAAAAUCAAAUUGAAUUGUGCUUGCUAUGGAUUUGAUGUUUAAGGGCAGGCUUGGUUUGUUUAGCCAGGAUUAUUUGAAUUUUUACCUUUUGCUCUGUAAAACUGGUUUCACACUGAAUAAAAAUAUGCCAAAUUUUGGAUACACAAGCCUUCCUCUGUGAAUCAUUUGUGCUUUUACCAGACCAGUGCACCUAUAUGAUUUAUGUUUCCAUGGAAAUCAGGUUCUACCUGAUUAUUGUCAUGAUUUUCAUCAUAUAAGUAAUGUAUUUUCAGCCCAUUCCAUUCUUGGAUUCAAAGUAUUGACAAUAUUUUAUUACAUAGGUAUUUCCUCUUUUCUAGCAUACAAUUAGAGUCUCCAAAAUUAUGCAAAAAUGACCUUUGUUGGCAAUGGCAUGCAUAUUUUGGACUUGGUAGUAUCAUACCCUCUGGCAUCAUACCUUUGAGGUCUUUUUCAUGGGUGAAAUUAUCUGCAAUGUUUCAUUAAAUGUUUCCAGGUUCUGAUUUUUCUGUGCUGCAAAUCUAGCUGCUGAUGACAGAUAAUAAAAUAUGUCAAAAGCUGCAAGCAGAUUGAAGAACAUCAAGAAGGCUGUGGAAAAGGUGGUGCAUGGACCAACUCUGAAGACAAACAUAAAGGCUGGAAGUGCAGUGGCAGGCCCUCCAUUGGGACCACAACUGGGACAGCGCGGCAUCAACAUCGCCGCGUUCUGCAAGGACUUCAACGAGCGCACCAAGGACAUGACUCCGGGCGUGCCGUUGCCGUGUCGGAUCACGGUGCGCGCUGACCGCAGCUACGAGCUGGUCAUCCACCAGCCGCCCGCCUCGUUCCUGCUGCGACAGGCGGCCGGAGCGCCGCGCGGCGCCAUGAAACCCGGUCAUGACAUAGCUGGGAAAGUAACGUUAAAACACAUAUACGAAAUCGCCAAAAUAAAAGCAACUGAUCCUCCUCUUCAUGAAGUCGAUUUGGAAGAAAUCUGCAAAUUAGUAAUUCGGACGGCUCGGAGCUGUGGAAUUCAGGUGGUGCGUGACCUUGACCCGGUGGAGUACGGAGCCUUUCUGGAGGAGCGGCGAGCAGAGAUCAAAGCUCAGGAUGAGCAGCUGGCAGCUGUCAGGGAGGCCAAGCUGCUCCGGACUAAAUGAGGUGCCCGUGAACGCCAGUGCUAGUGCCGUGAACUAGUGAUGGUGUGUGGUGACAUGUGCUAGAGAUGCUGCCGCAUACUGAUGCGCCGCCAGUGUGUUGUUGUACCGUGAUGUGUAACUGUAAUUUGAUUGAGACUUUUAGCAGAACGAGUGGUGGGAAUUGACGUGGUUGUUGAUAUGAAUACAAGACGCGUGUUAUUA